UCACAUGGUUUAUUUGCAAAUGUCCUUUUUGUCCCUAGGGUUUCCAAUUCAUUAAUCAACAUCAAGCACAGGCACAUGGAUUAUGAACGACGACAUCAUCUUCAUCUCCGGUCGUAAAGAACAAAUACCCGAUCGCCAAUCUCCACCAUUAAACGACAUAACAGCCAGCAUAAGCAUAUAUCCAAUUGCAGAAUUGAAUUCACCCUGAUUUUGUCAAAUUAACAGGAUAACAAUGGCGUAACAUACCAUCGCCGGCGAGUUACUUUUGUCACCGUCAAAAACUCCGCCGCCGGGAAUUUCUUCCGGUAUGACACAUAACGGAAUUAUCCAGUGAAGUUGCUUCUCUAGAUAGGAGAGCUCAACUCCUGUAUUCAUUGUCAGAAAGUUGUCAGAACUAUUAAUGGGUGCACCAAAGCAGAAGUGGACAGCAGAAGAAGAAGCUGCCCUUAAAGCUGGUGUAGCAAAGUAUGGAGUUGGCAAAUGGAGCACUAUUCUCAAAGAUCCAGAAUUUGCUGUUGUGUUGCGCUCUCGUUCAAAUGUGGACUUGAAGGAUAAAUGGAGGAAUCUACAUGUCAUGGCUAGUGGUUGGGGAUCUCGGCAUCGAGGAAGGGCUGUUUCUAAAAGUGUUCAGCCUGCACCGAAGCACGAUGACAACAACUUGGUUAGCUCUGUGGGUGAGAAUGAUAUAGAAGCUCUUGAUGCUAAACCUCUUGCAUCGUCUGGUGAAGUGCUGAAGGAUGUUGGCUCUAAGAAACCUCUUACAAGAUUGGAUGAUCUUAUACUGGAGGCAAUAGUCAAAUUGAAGGAACCACGUGGAUCUAGUCGGAAUACAAUUUCUUCUUUCAUAGAGGAGCGCUUUGCGGCACCUCCACACUUUGAAAAAUUGUUGGCAACAAAUUUGAAGGCAUUGACUGAAAAAGGAAGACUGGUAAAGGUAAAGCAUUACUACAGAAUUGCACCGAGUAGAGUAUCAUCUGAUGCCAAGGGUGGCUCUUUCUCUUCACUUAUGGGUGGGAAGCUUGAUUCCACUGUGGUAGAAAAGAAUGAAACUAGAAUACUGACUAAAGCUCAGAUUGAUGCGGACUUGGAGCAAAUGAAGAGCAUGAGUGCGGAGGAAGCUGCUGCAGCCGCUGCACAAGCAGUUGCAGAGGCUGAAGCUGCAAUUGCUGAAGCAGAACGGGCAGCAAGGAUUGCAGAGGAGUGUGAAGCAGAGGCAGAGGCAGCACAGUGCUUUGCUGAAGUAGCAUCAAAGGCAUUGCAGCAUCAAACUAUCCGUGUCUGAUGGCACUAUCUGGAUCCACCAAUAGGGUUUUCAUUUUCAGUACAGUUGGCAAUUUAUUGUUCAAUAUGUUGAUAGAGUUGUAAAUGUGGAGAUUUUUUUCAUUGCAAGUGAUCUUAAAUAUAGCAUUAAGAUCAUAUGAAGUUCAUAGGCAAGAGUAGUUUAGAAGUCCUCUUUUAGUGGUUGACAAGCAAUUUGUAUAUCCUUAAAAGAUCAGUACCAUUUUACCCUAUAUUCUGUUUUGUGGUCUGAAGUGGUUGGUACAAAAUGAGCUUUGUUGAAUUGCUGUUGAUCCACAAAAUUUUGAUGACCUCUACGAUUCGAAAAUGAUUGAUUUUGUUGUGAUUUGAGGUGUGUAUCGA